ACCGAGGCAGACGGGACCCGGGCGACUAGAGUCAAGGCAUCGGUGGAAAACUGGGUCAGAGAAGGGGCUCCUUUUAAGGAGGGGACCGUUUUGAGGGAGGAGGUAAACAUUGGGGAAGUUUUGAAGCCGUGGGCUAGCACAGCACCAGGAUAGACCUGAGUGAGGAGCACAUGGAAGGGGAUCCCCAAGAUCAAGAGGAGGAUUCUGAAGCCCAGAGGAGAGCCUCUUCCCCUCAGUCCUCUGUGCUGUGGGAGAAGUGUAUCCGGCAGAGUAUCUUUGUGGACCUGAGUGAGAAUGAGAGUCUCCACUUCAGUGACCUGGAGGGCUCCUUCACGGUGCAUCUCUCUCAGGCAGAGUCGGCUGGCUCAGGGAACAGCAUCCAUCUCAGUGGUAAGACUUACGCUGUUAACUUGCUCUCAUACCUGUCUAGUAACCUGUAUAUAGCCUCGCUAUUGUUAUUUUUACUGCUGCUCUUUAAUUAUUUGUUACUUUUUUUUUGGUAUUCUUUCUUAAAACUGCAUUGUUGGUUAAGGGCUUGUAAGUAAGCAACACCUGUUGCAUUCGGCGCAUGUGACAAAUAACAUUUGAUUUGAUUUAACUCUGUAAUUACUCUAGCAACACCAUUGUUAUACUUUAGCAAUUGCAUUGUAAAAAAUAUUAUAACAGCCGUAGGCUAUGUAACAACAUCAUGCCAAUCCAUAAAAUGACUGUAGCAAAUAUUGUUCCUAUGAAUACUUCACAACUUCUUACUCUCUGUCAUUCAUAGAGAAUGUAGAGCUGUCAGUGUCUGACUCUGGGGAGUCCUCCACAGAGAGCAGUAGCUGUGUCAGUGGCCAGAGUGAGAGAGUGGUGGAGGGUAAGACCAAGAGCAGUGUGAAGCGGGUGUCUGCCCAGAGACCCAACACUGAGCAGGAGCAGACCAUCUGGGAGGAUGAGAACCCAGGAGACACCUCCGAUGAAGAACAGGAGGACCUUCCGUAUGACGGGGACCUGGGAAGCCAGUACAUUAACCCCACAACCAAUGACAGUCACAAGUCUAAGGAGAAUUGCAAAAUAGCUGAUGUUCUGUCAAAAGACCAAGCUGGAGCAUUGCAUUCAAGACACAAUGUUAGAGAUCAUUUUGAUUUGCCAGCAAUGGUUGGGGAGGUCAAUAUCAUACAAGGUCACUUGCAAAUAGAAGUCAACACUAUGAACCAUGUAUCUAUAACUCCACCUGAGGGAGAGGGUAAAGGAGCUUUUAUUGACUCUACAAAACCAGAGGCUGUCCCCACAUGCAGUAGUCCUGUCCGUGAAGCCCCACACCCAGACAUCACCCAGCUGCUGCUCCGUCACUUCUCCCAGGACGAGCUGUUCUGCUCAGGCAGUCUGAUCGAGGCAGAGACCCUGCCGGAGGUGUCCCUUCUGGAGAGCAUGGACGAGACAGUGCUGAGCAGGGGCCCCUUACGCAGUAGCACAGGGAGACCCAAUAAUAAUAAUAGUGGAGCAGCCCCACGACGCAGCAGCGCAGGGGGAGCCAGCAGCGAGAGUGAGAGGAGUCAGAGCCUACAGGAAGAAGAUGAAGGGAAGAGUGUUCAAAUGAGUCCAAGAAAAAACCUAGAGGAGAAAAAUGGAAAAAGGAGUGGUGAUAGUCCAACUGCGUCAGAGGGAAAGAACACACAGAGUGCUGAUGAGUCUUACAACAGUGACGUCAACUCUCCUCAAAAUAGUGACAUAUCAAACAGUAAAAGUGAAGUCCCUGAACAGGACAGUAAUGGUAGCAAUGGUUCAGACCUAACCAAAGAGGAAGAUGAGAAUGAUGAAGAUGAGGAGGAAGACCAAAUCUGUGGAGUUCCCCUGGUCAGAACCAGGUCUUUCAGCGAAUUAAAGUAUGGACAGGGCCAAGUCCACUACCCACUCCCUGACUUCUCCAAGGUGGCUCCUAAAGUGAAAAUCCCGAAGAGUACCAGUGUUACGGUGAGACCUUUUAGCCAGUCUCCCACCUUCCUCAGAGCUCAGUCCUCACCAGGCAUGCUGGGUAAGUCCUCUGCUUUGGAGGUGAUCAACAGAGUGAUGGAGGACUCUAUUCAGCCCUCAGAGAGACCCUAUGUGUUCAGAGAGCAGGACAAACAGACAGAAACGUCCCCAGGAUUGGUGCAUCAUCUUCAGGUGGGUCAUCAUGUUCAGUAGUAUAGCUCGCACACCUCUAUACAAAUGCAUCAUACAUCCUUCAUGCAUAAGGCAUCUCUCUUUCAGGCUGAAUAUGAUAAACUGCUCACUAAAUAUGCAGAGGCUGAGAACCUCAUUGAUCAGAUGAGACUGGGAACAAAAGUAAGUCUUUAGAACGUUUUCUCUUUUUAAACACUUCUUUCUCUAUGGUCUUUCUGUUAUUUCAUCUCAUUAAAUAUAGCCUUUAGACAGCCUUUUUAUUCUUGUCAAUUUGGACUGAAUUUAUCUCAAAAUGUGUCAACAAAUUAGAAUCAAGCGCCCUCUGACCUUACCCUGGAGUUUGACUGUGGUGACCAACAAGGCCUUCCGGGUCCUGGUGGAAGCCAUUUUGGAUCUACGCUCUUCCCCAACGCCCCAUCUCCAUCAGGCAAGAUACUGUCUCUGACAUCUGAUAUUAUGACGGGUCUUCUCUCUGUUACAAAUUACCUGGCCAAGAGCCACCGGUUUCCUUAGUGACAAAUGGGGUCGGAUGACAUAAGAUUCCGGUUACACACAAAGUCACAACUAGCCUGUCAUAAAAAAAAGAUGACACAAAUGUAUUACACAACCAGUUUACAUGAGAUACUUUCCAUUUUCAAUGCUGUAGAAUUUAGGCCAUAACAUAUGUUGGAUCUGCAUCGUCUCAGCUUUUGUUGUGUUUGCAGGACAAUUUAUUGAGGAUCCAAACCAACAAAACCACUCUAAACAGCCUAGCACUUCUCCAACCCAGACUGACCAACAGAGUCAGAGUGAAGGGGAAAGGAUGACCAGGGAGUUGAGGGAUAUUAUCAGUCAGUUUUUGCAGAAGGUAACCUGGGAAACAUACCAAAGCUGUAUAGUGGUGCAUUAUCACCCAUCAUUUCAAUGAUACUGAAUUAUAAACACUUAUUUUUUUACAGGUGGAUGAAUUCAAAACGUGUCUGACCACCAUGUCAAUUACUAUUGAAGAGCAAGAAAUGGUAAAUGGAUCUUCAUUACUUAAAAAGUAUUUUUCUGUUCAGGACUGUGAUGUGAUUAUAAAGCAGUUGUAACAAUUGUAACUUAUAAUAACAGUUGAUUCUCAUUUCCUUUAUUCUAUAAGCAGAGUGUAUUGUUAUGUAAUUCAUAACGUUGUGUUGUUUUCCAGGUGUUUAAGAGUAUGAUGGAUUCCCAGGACCAGCUGGAGAGGAGGUACAUCAGUAAGAAGGAGGAGCACAGAACUCUGGAGAUGCAGAACUACUUGGGCCUGGCCAGGAACACAGGCCAGUUCGACCCCGAAAGGUUAGAGGUCAACUGAUAUAUUUUAUUGUGUGUGAGGAGUUUGAGUUAUACAGUAUAUCUGCCUGACUCACACUAUAGGGCCACCCAGAACUGUACUGUGCUGACUCGGCUAUUUUCUUUUCACAUAGACCAUUCCAGCACGGUUCCAGCAAAAAUGGUAGAUGCGUAACUAGGUCAGCUCAGUAGCCUACAGCUUGGCUUGGCACAGUUUGGCCCUAAAGUGUGUGUGAACCACUUUAAAACCAGAAACAGACUGACACCCAGGCUAGGUUUGUGUAGAAUUCAGCAUGAUGUGAGGGGUAUUUAAUGCACAUUAUUGGUUAUUUGUGUGUGUGUGAAGGCAGGUGGAGGGGGAGAUAUUCAGGAUAGGGAUGCAUCUAGAGGACAUUAAAGAGCUGAUUGACAGGAAUGUGUGUGAGCAGCAGCUCUCCCCACCUCAAUCAUCCUCCACACUCCUGUCAAUGUGUGGGGGUCCCAGUCUCCCUGGUCUGCUCACCCCCUCACUUCCACCACCCCUGCAUGAGGUAACACACUCACUUACUCCUAGCAUAGCUGUUCAUUCGCUGCUUUGCUAUUUAUUUGCUUGCUCACUCUUUCACUCGCUCGCUCUCUCACUUACUCACUCACUCAAAUACCUUAAUGAUUACUGCAUAAAUGCAUGUACUUACAAGCCGUUUACCGAGUAGUUAUAUAGAUUAUUGCACUGUUAGUUACACUGGUAUAAGCCUCUGUAAUGUUAGGUGUGAUCAACUAAGCCUUAAGAGACUAAUUGCACCAUCUACGUUUCCUUCAUCUUACAUGCAUGCAUGUGAGAGGUGUUUGUGUGAGCAACAUGAGCUGUGGAUGUUGACUGCAACACGUGUUCUGUGCAGCAGUAGUCCUGAUGAACAGGGCUACAUUUAAUUCCCAAAAGUUGCGUCCUUGCCUCUGCCCCCGUUCAUUCCCCCUCACAGAUCUGAAAGUACUGAGUAGUUGAAAGUGAUAUGGUGUAGGAGGAACUAUACCUUAUCGCCAUAGAUCUGGGGAGGGGACAACUUCUUAGAAUGAAAUGCAGCCCAGGUCCUUGUUUUGUAAGUGGAGGCGUGUCCAGUGCUCUCAUUGAGUGACAAUAAUUUCCAACGUCGCUCAUGUUUCACAGUGAGGACACAUUAGCUACUCAAAAUGUGUGUGUUCUCCUCUUGUCAACCUCUCUGUGGACAGGGUCUCACAUUACAGGUUCCAGGCCCCUGUUUUUCCACUGGGGGUUAUGAGACAGUGGAGAGGGAGGAAAAAGGAGUAUGAGGAAGAGGCCAGUGAGGUCCCUGGACAUGAUGGUUUAGACCAGAGCUGUGACUCCCUACUGAACAGCACAGGACACAGCAGUGUCAGUCUACGGUACACAUCACACAUCUCUGAGCUGCUCCAUAGGCCUGUAAAUUCAUGGGUUUCUUCAAUGUGUACCAUCUACAUUCCUGCAAUACUAGACUGUGUACCAUUUACAUACAGUACUUGUGUUUUUAUGCCUUAUGACCCCAAGUAGAAAUCCUAUCUUGGGGAGUGAUAUUUUCUGUAUUUUCCAUGACAUUGACAUCAAUGGCAAGUUACUGUACCUGUGGUGCAUGAAUGCCUUUAGAUUCAGAUAUUCAGAUAAUCAUGUAGACUGUUGAUGGAUGCUGUAAGUGGAUAGUAUGUGCGUGUGUGCAUGCUUGUAUGCCCCUAUCCAUGCGCGUGUGUGUGUGUGCACAUGUUCAUGUGUGCUGAUAGCAGGCACGCUUCCGGCCCUCCCAUGGGGGAUAAUGUUACAUCCAGGCACAGAGGUGGUGUUGGAUUCCAUUAGGAGUAGGAACAGUUUGUUUUAGUCUCUGUGUUUUUGUCUGUUCCCCCGGAGGCUCUCACAGGACUCCCUGGAGACACUGGACAUCACCAACACAGAGGAAGAGGAGGAGGAAGAAGAAGGUGAGGAGAGGAGCUCGACCUGCUCGGGCCUAUUUGAGGGGAUAGCUCAUGAUAGGGUUCUGGAGUAUUUGGCUCUCCAGAACCCGGGAUUGCGAGACAGACUGUGGACACCUGAAAGGUUAGUGUUUUGGCAUUUGAGUGUACUGUACUAGCUAAGUAAACAAGCUAACCAAUUCAAUAUUCACCUCAACACUUCCCUCUUUUCUCUAUAAUGUAUCACAUCUGCAUAAUGUAUGGACCACACAACUAAUCCCCCCUCUAUAGUGUAAUUGAUACAGUUGUGGUUAUUUGAUGUGGUGAUUUCAGAAAUACAAUAGAUGACUAAAAUGUAAAUGUAUGUAAAUGUGUACUGUCUCAUAAUGCAAAACUGACAUGCCAAACAUUCAUGAAAGGUAUGUGGGACAAGUAUUUACCAAUGAAACUUCAUCUUUUUAUUUUGACCAUGUAUUGUUGUUGUUGUUACUGUAGCCUGCAGCAGAGUCCCCUGAGCCCAGACUGUGACCUGGGUGGGAGUGCGAGUCUGGCUGGAGAGGUUUCCUGCUCCUAUGAUCUGAAGACCCAGUCCCAGAGCAUCACAGACCACACUCUCACCACUUCUCAGGUAACGUCAUCUUCUAUUGGCUGAAAUAGUACUCACACACAACUACUUCCUGUUUCUAAAUGAUUUCUCUAUUCAGACGAAGGGUACUGCUAUGGGAUCCCCUAUGGCUCCUAACUAUGCUCAUUUGUAUGUGGGUUACAUUGAGAAACAGUCAAUUUUCAAUCCUCUCAAAAAUGUUUUCUUGCCUAACAUUAUUAUUUGGAAACGGUACAUUGAUGAUAUUUUUGUUCUAUGGAGGGGUGAUUUAAAACAGCUCCAGGCAUUCCAUGCUUUUCUUAACUCUUGUUCUGAGCACCUGAGAUUUACUAUGCAAUUUGACACACGUCAAAUCAGUUUCCUUGAUCUUCUGAUUUUGUAUUGAGGAUAAUGUUCUAUACACUGAUCUUUAUAGGAAACCUACUGAUCGUAACAGUUUGUUGAGGGCUGAUAGUUGUCACCCGCUUAACUUGAAAAACAGUUUGCCCUACAGCGAAUUCUGUCGAAUCAAAAUAAUUUGUAAAAAACAAUCCGAUUUCAACCGAAAUAUGGCUGCGACGCAAAGAAAAUUCAAGGAGAGGGGGUACAAAAAUGGUCAGAUUAAUACUGCCAUUGAGAAAAUUCAAAACAAAUCGAGACUUGACCUCUUUCAGGGACAGUCUCGCAAAAAGAAACAUUAUUGCGUUCUAACUACACGCUAUUCAAAGUGCUCUGAACAAAUUAAGGGAAUCGUUCACAAACAUUGGCACAUUCUAAGGUCCGAUGACAGUAUUGGUAAUGUGUUUUCGGACCCUCCCUUGGUUGUAUUCUCGCGGGGCAGAAACCUCAGAGAUCAAUUGGUAAACUCUGAUUUACCACCCCUAAAUAUCCCUGCACAACGUCUAUUUGCGCCUCUACCGGAUGGAAACUACAAGUGUAACGGCUGCGCUCAAUGCAAUGGCACUUACAAAUGUAGAUCCUUUAAACACCCCCAAACAGGAAAACAGAUCCCAAUUAAAGGUGUUAUUACGUGCUCCACUAAGGCAGUUAUUUAUCUUAUAACUUGUCCUUGUGGUAAACAUUAUGUGGGUAAAACAAAGCGUGAAUUAAAAGUACGAAUCUCGGAGCAUCGUAGCACCAUUAGGUGCAAAAACCCGACAUACCCAGUCGCUGCCCACUUUUUGGAAGUGAACCACCUGAUUUUGUCCCUACGUUAUAUCGGCAUCGAACAUGUCACCCUCCCUAGGAGAGGGGGUGACCUCGACAACUUAUUGUUAAAACGAGAGGCUGCCUGGAUCCUUAAUUUAAAGACCCUUGCUCCCUUCGGUCUCAACGUUGACUUUGAUUUGAAGCCAUUCUUGUGAUUAUUGUGAUUUUGCUAUUCAUUGUAAAUGUUUGUGGGCCUAUGUAGCCAAGUUGUAUCUAUGAUCGUAUGCUAUCCAUGUUUUUUGUAUGUUCUGUAUAUCUGUGAAUUAACCAAUGCUAUUAGGCCACACCCGGCCAUGAUUACAGACACCUGCGUGUGUCCUUUGACACUAUAUAAACUAGUGACCCGCAGUGUUUGUCAUUAUACCCUGAUGAAGACAGCUUGUCUGUCGAAGCGUUGGUUAUUAGGAUAUUAAAUGAUUGCAUCUGAGCUCCUAGAGUGUGCGGCUCUCCUUUUCUUUUUCUAAGUGUUCUACUCCGUUAGCCAGCACCUCGCCUAAAUAGGUGUGCGUUUCUUUCGCCUCUAUGUUAACGUCAUCUUCUAUGACUUAUAUUAGCUGUCCCAUGUUUAUUUCUUUAUUUCUGUAUUUACUCUAACUCCCUAGCCACUACCACAGAUUAUUGUAAUAUUGUACAGUAGAAGCGUAGCUACAUGGAUAUAUUUUUGUUGUUGCAGAGAAUAGUGAGUCCAGAGACAGACAGUGGGUUUGGGAGCUCUGACUUGAGUCUCCCAGCCACAGGACUAUCUCAACCAAAACUCCACACAGAAAGGUACAGGCACACACAUCCAUACAACUGCUUACAGGCUAACUGAAAAAGUCAAUGUUUCAUGUAUGUUUAUUACGUUGUUACGACCCAACCUCAGGCCCCAGUUCCAGCCUGAUGGGAACUCCAGUCCUAUCAGUAUGAGUGACAGUGAAGGCUCCAGCGCCAACCUGCAGACCACCAUGCAUCACCCUGUACAGUUGGGAGAGAGGAGACCCAACCCGCAGAUAAAUGUCCAUUCGGCUGGGCUGACAGGAAAAAGGACACCUAGCCUGCAGUCUACUGUCCAUCUGACUGGGGAUAUUGGAGAGAGGAGACCCAGCCUACAGACACCUGCUCAGCUGCAGCUUUGCAGCGCUGCAGUGGACCACUGGGUGACCAGCACUUCUCAGAGUGCACCUGCCGGACUGCAUGGUGAGUGAUGAGGAAUCACAGUGCCUGCUGUGGUCGUAGUGAAAGUAUAGACGUUAUUCAGUAGCCAGUACAGCAGGGACAAACACUGAACUAAAUGCUCUUAUGUACACACAGAGGGUGAAUCCCACACUCCCAGUCAGCUCAGUCAUCACGGCCCUGACCGCCAAUUAAAAACCUCCCAUAGCAUCACCAUGGAUAUGCCACAGAGAGACUGCCACUCCCACACCUGUUCCUGUCACAGGUUAGUCUAAAAGCACAGAGUAUUCAACUCAAGAGUAAACUUUAUCAUAUGAAAUUGGUAACCAGGUCAGGCUGCCAGGUAAUACCUCAUAGUGGCCAAAACCUAUUGUUUUUGAGUUGGCCAACCCCUCUCUCUCUCUCUCCAGUGAGGCCAUCCAGUCCCUGCAGUCGGAGGUGUGCCAGCUGAAGAGAGACCUGGAGGAGGGUCUGGUCAAGCUGCCACAACUCUCCCAGAGGAUGGAUUACCUGACCUCCAGAUGCAGGCAGAACAGAGACAGAAGGCCCAAGACCCGGUCCAGGACACACCACAAACCAGCAGGGAGCAGACAGAGUCUGACCAACACCAACUCCAAGAUAGAAGACUGGAUCUCCUCAGAUAUGGACCCCAGCAAGAGCAAAGGUACAUUACUACCCGGGGUAAUAUAUUGGGAGUGUAAUCAAAACCAAGUUGUUAACAACAACGUUAUUUUGCUUCAGGGUUGAUGCCUGCUAUGUCUAAUGCAGUAGUACAGGGUUCCCAAAUAGGCAGCAGAUUUGAUUUGCCCCCUCCAAGUUUUCUGAACAUGAACAAAAAAUAGAAAUACAUAUUUUUAAAUAAGACUGUAAAAUCACCGGGAAAUCAGUUCCAAGUGAUUUUAACUUAGGAAAUCUGUUCCCAAGUAUUCCCACACAUAAAUAGAGAGGCAUAUGUGAUCGUAUCCCAAUGUAAUCAAGGUUUGAAAUUUGGAGUGUACUACUUAUUUAUAACUAUUUUCAGGCCCCCCGACCAUCGGCUCAAGGAAAAAUCGGCCGAUGGCUGAAUGUAAUGGGGGACCCCAUGCAGUAGUAGAUAGCAGUUAGUAUUGUCAGUUGUAAUAUUGAUGAUAAUAGUAUGUAUAUAUGUAAGUCAUUGUAUAUGUAUAAUGUGCUUUCCAUGUUAUACAUAUAAUGUGCUUUUAAUGUCGUACACUACUUGUGUAAAACGUAAAAUCCCUCUGUAUGUGGUCGUUUUCUCUAGGUACAGACAGUGUGGAGUCGGACCGGUCUGGGAUCAUGCUACCAUUCCACAGGACACCACUAGGUGGCAGGAGAGGGAGCAGCAAGCCCUACUCCUGCUCAGAUGGACCAGGGAAACCCCAGAGCAAACAACAUUUGAAUACAGGUUGGUGGUGCUGGUAUUGACUUUCUGCUUAUGGGUGUAAAAUAAAAGGAACAAUUGGAAAAACAAGAGUGAUUUUUACAUUAUAUUUAACAAAAUAUUAAAUUGGUGGUCCUAAAGGUAGUUGUGUGUGUUUCUACAUGUAAUUGUCUGUUGGUGUUAUGUAUUAUGUAAUGUUUUAUGUGGACCCCAGGAAGAGUGCUGUAGCUAAUGGGGAUCCUAAUAAAAUACUAAAUACUAAAUUCCCUCUUAGCAUCAGAGGAGAACCGUUCUCUGGAAACCUCCAAUCUCACCCAUCCCAGUCCUCCAGCACUCUGGCACUCAUACAAGAACUCCAGCUACAGAUCUCCACGUAAGGACCAGCAACCCCACUCCUACCCCUGUGACACUGCCAUGACUGUGUACCAUUAUGACUACUCUACCCAUUUCAUUAUAACAUUGAACAGAUUCAUUGGGGUUGUGAUGUUGAUUCUGUCUUUUUUCAUUGUAGCACCACCAGGUGACAUGGAGAAUGUCUACUCUAAGGGCAGGUAUCCUCUCCCCUCUCAGCCUCUACAGAAGCUUCUGUUGCAAGUCAACUAUGGCUCCUCCUGCAGUUUACCUGCUGGGUAAGAUAUAGUUUCAUCAUUUAUUGCCAUAAUCUAUUUGCCUUAUUUGAAUCCAUAUUGAUCCUCCAUAUUGCUUGAACCUUAAUCAGUGAAGGUGAAAGAGAAGACCUGAGAUGCUUCCCAGGGUUGCCUACUCCUACACUACUGUACUCAUGCUCUCUCUCUUCUCCGUGGUCUCAAUAGUUUCAAAGUGCAAGAGCAGCAGUCUGUCUCCCACCACCGGAGGCGCUCUACCCAGUCAGACUCAGCUCUACUGCCCAGCAACGUGUACUUUCAGCGGACCUUUCAACCAGCUCUCAGCCCCCCCAGGACCGAGGGCAGAGCCAGCAGGCACAAAGCCAGCAAGGUGAGGCUGGCCACAUGGAGAACAUCCUUUCAUAUCAAUGGGUGCCAGUCAUUUUCUACUUGUAUUUACUGAGAAAUUGUGAUGUAACAAGUGGUAUUGUUAACUUGUAAGAAUUUAACACAGCUGGUACUUGUGCUGUACUGCUUUUUUUGUUAGAUUUUCUUUUACAAAGAAUUGUAAUCCUAAAGGAACCAAGGAGCUUUUUGUAGGUUAUUAUAUUUUCAUGUCAUAACCGUUUUCUAUGCCUUUUGUAAGUAAAUAAAAGGUAAGUAGCGGACUGUGAGAUACAGUUGAAGUCAGAAGUUUACAUACACUUAGGUUGGAGUCAUUAAAACCCGUUUUUCAACCACUCCACAAAUGUAUUGUUAACAAACUAUAGUUUUGGCAAGUUGGUUAGGACAUCUACUUUGUGCAUGACACAAGUAAUUUUUCUAACAAUUGUUUACAUACAGAUUAUUUCACUUAUAAUUCACUGUAUCACAAUUCCAGUGGGUCAGAAGUUUACAUACACUAAGUUGACUGUGCCUUUAAACAGCUUGGACAAUUCCAGAAAAUGAUGUCAUGGCUUUAGAAGCUUCUGAUAGGCUAAUUGACAUAAUUUGAGUCAAUUGGAGGUGUACCUGUGGAUGUAUUUCAAGGCCUACCUUCAAACUCAGUGCCUCUUUGCUUGACAUCAUGGGAAGAUCAAAAGAAAUCAGCCAAGACCUCAGAAAAACAAAUGUAGACCUCCACAAGUCUGGUUCAUCAUUGGGAGCAAUUUCCAAACGCCUGAAGGUACCACGUUCAUCUGUACAAACAAUAGUACGCAAGUAUAAACACCAUGGGACCACGCAGCCGUUAUAACGCUCAGGAAGGAGACGUGUUCUGUCUCCUAGAGAUGAACGUACUUUGGUGCAAAAAGUGCAAAUCAAUCCCAGAACAACAGCAAAGGACCUUGUGAAGAUGCUGGAGGAAACAGGUACAAAAGUAUCUAUAUCCACAGUAAAACGAGUCCUAUAUAUCGACAUAACCUGAAAGGCCGCUCAGCAAGGAAGAAGCCACUGCUCCAAAACCACCAUAAAAAAGCCAGACUACGGUUUGCAACUACACAUGGGGACAAAGAUUGUACUUUUUUGCGAAAUGUCCUCUGGUCUGAUGAAACAAAAAUAGAAUUGUUUGGCCAUAAUGACCAUCGUUAUGUUUGGAGGAAAAAGGAGGUUGCUUGCAAGCCGAAGAACACCAUCCCAACCGUGAAGCACGGGGGUGGCAGCAUCAUGCUGUGGGGAUGCUUUGCUGCAGGAGGGACUGGUGCACUUCACAAAAUAGAUGGCAUCAUGAGGAAGGAAAAUUAUGUGGAUAUACUGAAGCAACAUCUCAAGACAUCAGUCAGGAAGUUAAAGCUUGGUCGCAAAUGGGUCUUCCAAAUAGACAAUGACCCCAAGCAUACUUCCAAAGUUGUGGCAAAAUGGCUUAAGGACAACAAAGUCAAGGUAUUGGAGUGGCCAUCACAAAGCCCUGACCUCAAUCCUAUAGAAAAUGUGUGGGCAGAACUGAAAAAGCAUGUGCGAGCAAGGAGGCCUACAAACCUGACUCAGUUACACCAGCUCUGUCAGGAGGAAUGGGCCAAAAUUCACCCAACUUAUUGUGGGAAGCUUGUGUAAGGCUACCCGAAACGUUGACCCAAGUUAAACAAUUUAAAGGCAAUGCUACCAAAUACUAAUUGAGUGUAUGUAAACUUCUGACCCACUGGGAAUGUGAUGAAAUAAAUAAAUAAUUAUCUCUACUAUUAUUCUGACAUUUCACAUUCUUAAAAUAAAGUGGUGAUCCUAACUGACCUAAAACAGGGACUUUUUUUACUAGGAUUAAAUGUCAGGAAUUGUGAAAAACUGAGUUUAAAUGUAUUUGGCUAAGGUGUAUGUAAACUUCUGACUUCAACUGUACAAGCGUAACCCUAAACUGUUGUUGUUUGUGUUAGGAUGAGGACAUCAACAGGACAUUGGACAGGGCUAUCGAGGCUGCCCGCAGUAUGAAGAGGACCACUGAUAGGAUGGCCAAGAGCUUGUCAGCUGACCUUGCCAAGGUUGAACUGUACAGGAAGUUACACGGCCUUCACCCACUGACAGGGAGUAGCAAUACUGGCUCAUAA